GCGCCGUAGUCGGAGCGCCGCCGCCGCCUGCCGCGCCCUGGCGAGGCCGCAGCGGUGGGGAAUCGCCGCUCCCGCGAGCGGCGGGUUUUAUUUUUCUUUCGUCGCCGUCGCGCUCGGGAACAGGCGGGGAAAUGGCGGCCGCCCCCGGCGUUGCGCGGAGUCGGUUCGUGGUGGUGGGCGGAGGAAUCGCAGGGGUCACCUGCGCCGAGAAGCUGGCUGUGGAAUUCCCAUCAGAGGACAUUUUUUUAAUGACAGCUUCUCCAGUUAUAAAAGCUAUAACAAAUUACAAACAGGUCUCCAAAACACUUGAGGAAUUUGAUGUAGAAGAGCAACCAAGUUCUCUACUAGAACAACGAUAUCCAAAUAUUAAAGUUAUACAGUCUGGAGUAAAACAGUUGAAAAGUGAUGAACAUAAAAUUUUCACUGAAGAUGGGAAAGAAUAUAUGUAUGAAAAACUUUGCCUCUGUGCUGGAGCAAAACCAAAAUUAAUUUAUGAAGGAAACCCAUAUGUGUUAGGCAUCCGGGAUACUGACAGUGCACAGGCUUUUCAGAAGAAUUUGGCUCAAUCUGAGAGAAUAAUAGUAGUAGGAAAUGGUGGGAUUGCACUUGAAUUAGUAUAUGAAAUUCAAGGCUGUGAAGUGAUCUGGGCUAUCAAAGACAAAGCCAUUGGGAACACUUUUUUUGAUGCAGGAGCAGCUGAAUUUCUCAUUCCAAAGCUAACCGCUGAAAAACGAGAGACUCCAAUUGAAUGUAAAAGAACUAAGUAUACAAUGGAAGGAAGUGAGGAAAAAGAAAGAUCUGUAGCAGCAUCUGACAAACUGGGCAGUGCCUUAGGCCCCGAUUGGCAUGAGGGCUUAUGUCUUAAGGGGACUAAAGAGUUUUCUCAUAAAGUACAUAUUGAAAUACUAUGUGAAGUAAAGAAAAUAUAUUUACAGCAAGAAUUUAUACAACUGCAACGGACUUCUUUGGCUUUUCCUAAGGAAGAGAAAAAUGUAGAACCAGAUGAGGUGCUAUGGCCUGUAUAUGUGGAAUUAACUAAUGGAAAAAUUUAUGGAUGCAAUUUCAUUGUUAGUGCAACUGGAGUUGUGCCAAAUGUUAAACCAUUUCUUGAUGGCAAUAAUUUUGCUCUAGGUGAAGACGGAGGUCUUAAAGUAGAUAAACAAAUGCACACCUCCCUGCCAGAUGUAUAUGCAGCUGGAGAUAUCUGCACGGCCUCGUGGGAACCUAGUCCAGUGUGGCAUCAGAUGAGACUGUGGACUCAAGCGAGGCAGAUGGGAUGGUAUGCAGCAAAGUGCAUGGCAGCAGAUACUUUAGGGGAAUCUAUUGACAUGGAUUUCAGCUUUGAACUAUUUGCCCACGUUACAAAAUUUUUCAAUUACAAGGUGGUGGUUUUGGGAAAAUACAAUGCUCAAGGCUUGGGUGUGGACCACGAACUGAUGCUGAGAUGUACCAAGGGACAAGAGUAUGUUAAAGUUGUGAUGCAGAAUGGCCGCAUGAUGGGAGCUGUGCUGAUCGGUGAAACAGACUUGGAAGAGACCUUUGAAAACUUAAUUUUAAAUCAAAUGGAUCUUUCAGCCUACGGUGAAGAUCUCCUGAAUCCAGAUAUUGAUAUAGAAGAUUAUUUUGAUUGAACAGAGCCCCAUUUCCAUUUUGUAUAAAGUUUUGACAGAGUAAUGUGUCUUAAAACUGUUUCCUCAGGAUUACCAGCAACGAGGGAUAAAUGCAAUUCUGUAUUAAGAUUUUUGUGUUGAUCUUGCCAAAAUACUGACCAGCAAAUUAAAUUAAUCUGUGUAGAAAUGCAGCAACAAAAGCAAGUGGAUUAGUGUUGGCGAAGAGUUUUCAUCUAGAUUAGAUGAGCAUAUGAGAACAGGGCGAUAACAGUCUUAAAAUGUGGGCUUCCCUGUUCUGUUAAGAUAGCCCUGCACUCACUUGAAUGUGAGGUAGGUUCGCUUUUUAUAAGUAAAUGUGUUAAAGUGCAUACCUGCCUUGUAGCUCCCUCCACACAUGGUUCACCUGCCAUGGUUACCAGGGCCCCAUUUCCCCGGGGCUUGCUGCCAUCCAUGUUUCUCAUCUCAAGCACAGAGCCGGGACACCUUGCUGCUAUGCUGCUGCCACACCUGCCUAAAGCCACCUCUGGCCCUGGGCCAGUGGGAAGGUCCCACUUGCUGAGGUGCGUGUUCCCACCAGGGAGCCACGCAGUGCGUUACCAGCCCGCUACCCCCCCUCCGCUGCUCUGACCUGCGAGUACUUGGCACAGGUUUCGAGACUCCUGUCCAGUUCACUGUAACAUCUCUGUCAAGCUGGCUCAGAUUAACAGGGGACAUCUCCAGGGCACAGGGCACUUGGAGCUCUCGCUACCUGGAACGUGGUCUGCAAAUACAUGGCAAGAUGGAUGCUUUGGGUUUUUUUCUGAAAUUAGAUUUAUUUCAGAAGUAAUUUUCUAUUCAGUUAAGUACAGAACACAAAUCUGUGAACAAUGAAAGCCAGGGUGAGAUGUCAGCUGAGCACAGCUGUUUUACUGCUUGUCACUUCGCUGUUCAGGUGUUGGGGCAGAGCUGGGCAGUGUGUGCCAAGGCGAGGCAAACAUCACAGCGCUGGUGGCCGGUGCCUGUAGGGCUCUCCCUGGCAAGACCUUGUGGAGCAGCUGCUGUGUGGUUGCUGGUCCCGGGUGCCAUUUUGAAGGGGAGUUCCUUCAGUUUUAGUUGCUAGCUGAUAAAUUGUUGAGCUUUAAGCUAUUCUUAAUGCCCUCUCUGUGUUCAGUAGUGCUGUCCACAGACACAGGUUGUCUUAUACUGGCUUUUGGUUUUGUUCUACAGUUGCUGCUCUUUGUUCCCAGUUUGUUGGACUCCACUAAGUGCAAAGUUGGCGCUAUAUGUUGCAACUUCUCCCAGAAAAUCACUGAUUAUUUUAAGAGAAUAACUGUUCAAUUAAAUUAAUUAUUUCCACUUCUGGCAAAAGUUUCAGUUAAAUGAUAAGUGAAAUACUCAGCUUUAGUCACUGACAGGAUUCUACCAGAAAAAUAAAGAUGAAGAGCACAUUAUUAA